CUUAACAGGAAAAAGCCUCCAGACAUUGACUGCUGUGACCUCUUGGGUAACACCCCACUGCACUGCUCUGCCUACUGUGGUCAGAAGCUAUGUGCCCUGAAACUGCUAAAGAAUGGUGCUAGACCCAACAUCAAGAACAAGAAUGGUAAAGAUGGGCUCAGAGUCAGUGAAUGACAGGGUGCGUAUGAGAUGGGUUGCUUAGAAGCUACACGCUGUUUGUUUUAACAUCAGUGUUCUGGUGUAGUGUUCUGUAUGAUUCCUUUUCUCUGACUUGUGCACAGAUCAGACUGUGUUUGACCUCGCCAACAACACAGAGAUUAAGCAGAUCCUGGAAGGCAAUUUUCAUAAAGUGAGUGCUAAAGUGAUUUGUUAUGUAAGAAAAGUAUUGAAGUCUGACGACUGCACUGCAAGGAUAAACCCUGAAGCAUUGUACAGUGCAUUGGAACAUUAUGUUGUUGCAGAAAUGGUUGCUGUCUCCAAAUGGUCUCUAAGGGUAUGACUGGCCAUGUCCAGAUGUUUGAAGGAGCCCUUUGGAAGGUACAGUCAUUUGCAGAUGGUUCCACUAUUUUCACUAAGGUCAUAGUGUAA